AUGUCCCGCCGCAAGCAACCAAAGCCACAACACCUCUCGUCUGACGAAGACCCAUUCCAGACUGGAGUCUCAGAAAAUGCUCUGCUGGAGGCUCUGGGGGAGGAGGAGGAGGGCAGUGGGAGGCCGGCCGGCCACCGCAGAGGGGACACCCACGUCUGUGAGAAGUGCUGUGCCGAGUUCUUCACCUGGACCGACCUGUGGGCCCAUCAGAGCGGCUGUGAGGAACCCCUGGUGCUCAUCAUGAAAGAACACCAAGGGACUCCAGGACCUGAGGACCUCCAUGCAGGAGCCUCCCCAGACCCCAGCUCCACCCCCAGCGACACGGCAGAUUUGGCCUCCACAGACGAGGUGUUUCAGGGAGUGGAGAACAGCUAUGACAGCCUGGACAUGUUGGAGGAGAGGGAGGAGGAGGAGAACAUGGAGCAGGACCUGCAGCACCAGGAGGGAGAUAAACAGCAGGCCUCCAGCCCUCAGUCUCCACGCUCCAUCCAGUCAGCUUCCCCUGACGUGUCGGCCGCAGGCAGCUGCGGUGUGCCCACCACUAACGUGACCCUGGAGAUCCUCCAGAGCACCAGGGUGGCCGUGGCCCAGUUCUCCCAGGGCAUCCACACAGGCAUGGGGGGAGGGAAAGCCACCACAGCUGCCAUCUUUGCCAUCCUGGAGCAUCUCCAGACUCUACAGCAGCAACAGGUCCUCCAGCUGCAGCUGAUUGAGCAGGUACGCAGCCAGGUAUCUGACAUGAACAGACAGCCCACACAAACAGCACUAGACCCGGUAACCAGGGACCUGCCCUUAACCCCCAACUGUUUCCCUUCCCGUCAUCCCUCCAUCCUCGCCCCCUCCGUCAUCCCAUCGUCGGGGAUGAUAACCUCAGCCAUCAACGGACAAGCCUCUGUUUCUCUGGCAUCUGUGCUGGAAAGGUCACACGCGCUUCACUCGCACACCGCAUACGGUCAGUCUAUUUUCAGAGACGGCGCUCGAACUUCGACCUCCUCCGAGACCCCCGUAGCUUCCUCGUCCAGCUGCCGUGACGUUUCCAUAAUCCUGCCUCCGUACACGGGGGCCUACUCCAGUGUGAAGUGUGGCCAGACGCUGACCUCCUCCAGCCCGCUCUCCCAUGGAGACGCCCUCCAGGGCUCCUCGUCAUCCAGCUUGACACUCCUACCUCAGAGUCCUCCCAGCACCGUCAUCUUCCCCAACCCCCUGGCCAGGAUCGCUGCCACAGCCAACGCCUACGAACCCCUCGCCAUCCUCAUGAAGCAGGGGAAAGCCAAGCUGCCCAGUGUGUCUCUGUUCGACACCAAGCCCUGUCGCGAGGAGCAGUUCUUCAAGCACAAGUGUCGGUUUUGCUCCAAAGUGUUUGGCAGCGAUAGCGCUCUGCAGAUCCACUUGCGCUCCCACACAGGAGAGAGGCCCUUCAAGUGUAACAUCUGUGGAAACCGCUUCUCCACAAAAGGGAAUCUAAAAGUCCACUUCCAGAGACACAAAGACAAAUAUCCUCACGUUCAAAUGAACCCUUACCCUGUGCCGGAAUAUUUAGAUAGCGUGCCAACCAGCCAGGGUGUCCCCUAUGGUAUGUCUUUUCCUCAGGAAAAAACGGGCUCCUUGUGGCUGGAUAGCAAACCGGUUGUAGCCACGGUAACCACUUCCAUGGGUCUUCAGCUUCCCAGCUCUCUCAGCGCUGGGGGAAACUGGACGGACUCUGUGAGCGUCACGCCCUCCAUAAAGUCCCCUCACGCGUCUGCUUCAAGCGAACAUGCUUCUCUGUCACCUGCUGCCAGCAACGAGGUCCCCCUCCCCCCUCCUCCAGAGUCCCCCCGCUCUAAAGACCAAGAGGAAUCCCAUGAUGCCCCAAAAGCAGAGGAGGUUCACCUGCCCCAAAACUGCCCCGCCAGGCCCACGGAGAACUCUGUAAGCAUGGCAACCAGCACAGCCCCAGCCGGGACGGCGCCCACAUCCGAGCCUAGCGCCCCUGCGUCCCCCUACACGUACGACCCCUCCCCCCUCUCGCUGGCCACUGACCACUGCAAGGUCGAGUUCCCUUUCGGGGGUCUCCUGGUCUCCAUGGAAACGUCGGAGACCUCGAAGCUGCAGAAGCUGGUGGAGAACAUCGACAAGAAGAUAACAGACCCCAACCAGUGUGUCCUCUGCCAUCGCAUCCUCAGCUGCCAGAGCGCUCUGAAGAUGCACUACCGUGUCCACACAGGAGAGAGGCCCUUCAGAUGUAAGGUGUGCGGAAGGACUUUUACCACCAAAGGGAACCUAAAGACACACGUUGGCGUCCACAGAGCUAGCCCUCCCCUCCGGAUGCAGCACUCCUGCCCCAUCUGCCAGAAGAAGUUCACGAACGCCGUUGUGUUGCAGCAGCACAUCCGCAUGCACAUGGCCGGCCAGAUCCCUGACUCGCCCCAUGCAGACCCCCAUCAGGGACCCAUAUCUGCUGAGCUCUCCGUCAACGACACAAACACUGAUGGCUUCAGCAGCCAAGAAAACGACUUCACGGACGGCAACUCGAUGGAGGACGAUGAGGAAGAGGAGGAUGAAAUGGAGGAAAACACGGAGGAGGGUGUGGAUCCGUUUAGAGUACUGAACUCUCUCACUAGCUCUCCUCCCAAAUCCUCUGCUGUGGUUUCCAACAUCGCCGCACUGGAAAAUCAAAUGAAAAUCAUAGACUCUACAAGUGGUCUGAACCACACCUUUGGCAUGAAGGGGUUUUUGGACAGUGACUGCUUCACCACGAACUCCUCCUACACUCCAAUACCCUUCAUAAUGAAGGAAGCAGAGAAUCUCAGUAAGGCCGUGUCUAAAUGCUCCAGGUCUGUUGCGGCCUCCGCUUCCCCAGGACAGAACAUCUCUGAGGGGCUCCUCAGCUCGUCUUCAGAGGACACCUUGACAGAGUCCAGGGACGUGGCAGUCUCACUGAAGAACGAGUACUCGAGUUCCUCCCCACAGGACCAGACAGGGACACAACCUAACCAGCCAAGCAUCAACGAGGACAGCCCUUAUAGCAUGAUGUUCCAGAGCAGAGAGUGUGCUCCCCACCAAAACAUUCCCAGCUUGGUUUCAAGCACGGUUCCGAAUCCUGCUGUCACCGAACUCAACGGACACGGUCGACCAGCUGUCCUAAGUGAGAGGCGUCAGCACUCCUUCGGUCUCCCGGUCCUAGCAGCCAAAUCCUGCAUGGGGCUUAGUGGGAUGAUGGGCCUGCUCACCUCAGCCCCAGCCCCAGCCCAGCCCCGGAGGACCCCCAAGCAGCACAACUGCAACAUGUGUGGGAAAAACUUCUCUUCUGCCAGCGCCCUCCAGAUCCACGAGCGAACGCACACCGGGGAGAAACCGUUUGGCUGCUCCGUAUGUGGCAGGGCGUUCACCACGAAAGGAAACCUAAAGGUCCACAUGGGUACCCACAUGUGGAAUAACUCCCCCGCUAGAAGAGGGAGGCGUCUGUCUGUGGAAAAUCCGAUGGCGCUUCUGGGAGAAGACGCGGUUAAGUUUGGGGAGAUGUUCCAGAAGGACCUAGCCGCCCGGGCCAUGAACGCAGACACGGGGUUCUGGAACCGCUACGCGGCGGCUAUAACCAACAGCCUGUCCCUGAAGAACAAUGUGAUGUCAGUCGUCCAGAACGAGGGGAUUACGCAGCUACCCGCCAUGACAGCAGGAAUGGAGAGCAUGAAGCCUGGAGGCGGCCCACCCCUCACCAGCCUGGGGAAGACAGGCCUGAACCGGGGGGUCAACACUCACUUCUCCAUGCUGGUUGAUGACAGUAAAAACAUUGGGAUCAAUUGAAAAUCACAAUGACAGGGGAAACGCAUUGAGCAAAACAUGACACAAAUGUAAUGAUUUAUUUGUAAAAAAAAAAAUAUUGGUUAUGUAUUAUAUACAUGUAAACUGGCCAAUGUUUGAACCUGGAUGUUUUCCAUGGUGCUUGCAGUAGAGACAGUCCCUCUACAAAAGACGCAGGAUCAGUUUGCCGCACUACAUUCACCCACUGCUACCAGCUGGUGAAAAGCACAAAUGACGUCCUUGUAUUGUCCAUAUACUUGAUAUGUAUGUAUAUCAAGUUGUAAUAAUUUGUAGUCUUUAUGAUACAACAGAAUUAAAACUGGAGCAAAGAUAUUCUGUUUACUACCUCGUGUGAUGGAUAUGUCAUUGACAUAAAAUGUCUUAAUGUGAAUACACUGAGUAGCAAUGAUUUACAGUAAUGUGGCACUCAUCAUACAACUGGGCAAGAUCUCCAGUUAAGAUGGUGUCACAUAGGCUACAGCUGUGUAAACGGACCACUUCCAGUUUGCAUCCUGAACUUUAUGCAACUUGAAUUGCAAA